AUGGCGUCAUCCUUAGGUGAUGCCGCAAGGAUUUUGGGCAUAUUUCCCACUCCUUCAUACAGUCAUCAAAUAGUGUAUCUUCCUAUCAUGAAGGAAUUAGCAAAUAGAGGACACGAGGUUGUUAUAAUAACCACCAACCCUAUGGAAGGGGAGAUACAAAAUUUGAAGCAAAUUGACGUAAGUUAUGCCUACAAAGUUUCUAAGAAACUUAACGUGACACAGAUGAUAUACGAGAAUAAUAGAAAUCCUUUCAAACUUAUUAAUGAUUUGAUGGACGUGUUCAGUAAUUUAGUCAUCAAAGAGUUAGAACAUCCUGAAAUACAAUCAAUAAUUGCUAAUGAAUAUGAACAUUUCGAUCUCCUGAUGGUUGAGUACAUGUUCCCAACGUUCCUCGCUUUCAAGCAUCGAUUCAACUGCUCCAUGAUUGGUUUAACAUCGUUGGAUUCCUCUUACCAUGGUCACGUCGCAGUCGGAAAUCCAGUUCAUGCCGUUCUAUACCCCGACGCUGCUUUGCCUUUUCAAACACAAAAGUUAAAUUUCUUUGAGAGGUUGCAAAGUUUCAUAUUUGAGCAAUUUAUAAACUAUUACAUCAAAUACAUAACCAAUCCUACAGAGGAAGCGACAAUAGCCAAGUAUUUUGGGAACAACUAUCCUUCUCUACCGGAGCUUAUAGCUUCAAUAGAUAUGCUAUUCAUAAACGUCAAUUACAUCCUACACUCUAUAAGACCGUUGACACCAGCCACCGUUGCCAUUGGUCCGUUCAUCCAAAUAAAACCACCCACGGAUUUGCCAGAAGAUUUGAAAUUAUUUUUGGAUGAAGCGAAAGAGGGAGUAAUUUAUUUUAGUUUAGGUACAAACGUUAAAAGCAAAGAUUUAGCGCUGGUCACGCGUGACGUUAUUAUGAAAACUUUUGCAAAACUGCCGUAUAAAAUACUUUGGAAAUUCGAAUCUGAAAAACUACCUGGACAACCAGACAACGUGAAAAUUGUCAAGUGGGUACCGCAGCAGGAUAUCUUAAGACAUAAAAACGUUAAAUUAUUUAUUAGCCAAUGCGGAUUGCAAUCUUCAGAGGAAGCCCUUUACUAUCAAGUACCAAUUCUGGGUUUGCCAUUCUUUGCAGAUCAAAUAAGCAAUGCCUACAAAUUAGAUAUGAACGGAUUAGGUUUAUCUUUGAAUUAUAAAGAAUUAACCAUCGAAAAAUUUGCAUUUAGCAUUAACGAACUAAUUAAUAAUCCUAAAUAUAAAAUCAAAGUUAAGGAGAUUUCAAAUUUACUUAAGGAUCAACCGAUGUCAAGUUUAGAGAGAGCCGUUUGGUGGACAGAGUACGUCUUGAGGAACAAAGGAGCGCAACACUUGAAAGGCCCCGCCGUUCAUAUUCCAACAUAUCAAUAUUUCUGCUUGGAUAUAAUUGCUUUCUUUGCUUUUAUACUGUGUAUACUAAUUUCAGUUACUUACUUGUUAGUUAAAAAAUGCUUAAAAUGUACCACAAGGAAGAUUAAGCGCGAUUAA